UCCGCGCGCUCUCGGCCAGGAGGCUAGCGGCAGGAGGCAGGAGGCGGGAGACUAAGAGAGCAAGCACCGGCGAGCGUGCGAGGUCGAGGCUGCGGGUCCCGGAGCGAGCGCACUAGGGAACCGGAGGCCGAGUGACUCAAGUCGGAGUCAGCCGCAGUCCGAGUCCCGGACCAGGAGAGCGCCACCCGCCCAUCGCCGCCCGCGCACCCGGCACUGCCAGAGCCACCAGCGCAGCGCGGCCAUGGAGCCCAGCAGCAAGAAGGUGACAGGCCGUCUCAUGCUGGCCGUGGGAGGGGCAGUACUCGGCUCCCUGCAGUUUGGCUACAACACUGGAGUCAUCAACGCCCCCCAGAAGGUGAUUGAGGAGUUCUACAACCAGACAUGGAUCCACCGCUACGGAGAGCGCAUCUUGCCCACCACGCUCACCACGCUCUGGUCCCUCUCAGUGGCCAUCUUCUCUGUUGGCGGGAUGAUUGGCUCCUUCUCUGUGGGCCUCUUCGUUAACCGCUUUGGCCGGCGGAACUCCAUGCUGAUGAUGAACCUGCUGGCCUUUGUGUCCGCCGUGCUCAUGGGCUUCUCAAAGCUGGCCAAGUCCUUCGAGAUGCUUAUCCUGGGUCGCUUCAUCAUUGGCGUGUACUGUGGCCUGACCACUGGCUUUGUGCCCAUGUAUGUGGGGGAGGUGUCGCCCACCGCCCUGCGUGGAGCCCUGGGUACCCUGCACCAACUGGGCAUCGUCGUCGGCAUCCUCAUUGCCCAGGUGUUUGGCCUUGACUCCAUCAUGGGCAACGAGGAUCUGUGGCCCCUGCUGCUGAGCAUCAUCUUUGUCCCAGCCCUGCUGCAGUGCAUCCUGCUGCCCCUGUGCCCCGAGAGCCCCCGCUUCCUGCUCAUCAACCGCAACGAGGAGAACCGGGCCAAGAGUGUGCUGAAGAAGCUGCGUGGGAAUGCUGACGUGACCCGAGACCUGCAGGAGAUGAAGGAGGAGAGCCGGCAGAUGAUGCGGGAAAAGAAGGUCACCAUCUUGGAGCUGUUCCGCUCGCCUGCCUACCGCCAGCCCAUCCUCAUCGCUGUGGUGCUGCAGCUGUCCCAGCAGCUGUCCGGCAUCAAUGCUGUUUUCUACUACUCCACGAGCAUCUUCGAGAAGGCAGGGGUGCAGCAGCCUGUGUAUGCCACCAUCGGCUCUGGCAUUGUCAACACUGCCUUCACUGUUGUGUCGCUGUUUGUGGUGGAGCGAGCUGGCCGGCGGACCCUGCACCUCAUUGGCCUGGCUGGCAUGGCGGGCUGUGCCGUGCUCAUGACCAUCGCACUGGCCCUGCUGGAGCAGCUUCCCUGGAUGUCCUAUCUGAGCAUCGUGGCCAUCUUCGGCUUUGUGGCCUUCUUUGAAGUGGGCCCUGGCCCCAUCCCAUGGUUCAUCGUGGCUGAACUCUUCAGCCAGGGUCCUCGCCCAGCUGCUGUUGCUGUCGCUGGCUUCUCCAACUGGACCUCAAAUUUCAUUGUGGGCAUGUGCUUCCAGUAUGUGGAGCAACUGUGCGGUCCCUAUGUGUUCAUCAUCUUCACCGUGCUCCUGGUUCUGUUCUUCAUCUUUACUUACUUCAAAGUCCCCGAGACUAAAGGCCGGACCUUCGACGAGAUUGCUUCCGGCUUCCGACAGGGGGGAGCUAGCCAGAGCGACAAGACACCUGAGGAGCUCUUCCACCCUCUGGGGGCUGAUUCCCAGGUGUGAGACGCCCCACGCCGCCAGCCCGGCCUGUUCCCUACAGCCCCCAGGAUCUCCCUGGAGCACAGGCAGCUGGGUGAGACUUCCACGUGGACAGAUCUCAACCAAGCGAGGCCGGGCCUUCUUUUCUUAGCAGCAAUGUCCGCAAGAACAUUCAGGACUUUCCAUGGCACCAGGAUUUUAACACCAAGACUGUUGCUCCAAUCUAUUCCGAUGGGCAACAGGUUUUAUAAGUUUUUUAUUACUGAUUUUGUUAUUUUUUUAUCAGCCAGAAUCUCCUGUCCCCACACCGCAGGCUGAAUGGCUCAGUGCCUGAGUGUGGGGACCAAGCCCUGUCCAGACACUUGCCUUCUCCACCAAGCUAAUCUGUAGGGCUGGACUUCUGACCCAGGACACACUAAUCGAACUCCGAACUUCAAGGCUUCAACCCCAGGAGGUGGCUGUGGCCACCCACUUCUGCAAGCCUGGCUCUCCCUGCCCUGGGGCGGGGGGUCAGGCUCCGAUAGGAUUCACCCACCUCCCUCCCCUUCUCUCUUCCUACUCAAACCACUCAGAUUAAUCUUUCCUUGCCUGAGACCAGUUGGGAGCACUGGAGAGCAGGGAGGAGAAGGGGACGAGCCAGGCUGGGCUGCCAGGUUCUAGCCUCCGUUGCACUGAGGGCCAGAUGAUCACCGUGAGGGGAGAGCCCUGCAAGGCAGAAACUCACCAGGCAAGAAGACACGGACACUCCUGCCCUGCUGUGUAUAGAUGCGAGAUAUUUAUAUAUUUUUUUGGUUGUCAAUAUUAAAUACAGACACUAAGUUAUAGUUAUAUCUGGACAAACCAACUUGUAAAUACACCAACACACUCCUUCUGUAACUUACCUAAACAGAUAUAAAUGGCUGGUUUUUAGAAA